AUGACUCUAUAUGAAGCUUUAUAUGGGCGGCCUUGUUGUGCGCCUAAUUGUUGGACUAAAGUAAGUGAGAAGAGUUUGGUCGGGCCAGAUAUUGUUCAGGAAGCCACUGAAAAGGUCGAGAUCAUUAGUAAGUGUUUACAAGCUGCGCAAAGCCAUCAGAAGAAUUAUGCCAAUAAUAGAAGAGGUGAUCUGGAGUUCACAAUGAGAGAUCAUGUAUUUCUGAAGGUCUCUCCGAUGAAGGGACUUAUGCGGUUUGGUACAAAAGGAAAACUUGCAUCGCGAUUUAUUGGACCUUUUGAGAUUCGUGAAUGUGUUGGAGCAGUAGCAUACCGACAUGCUUUACCUCCUCAAUUGGCAAGUGUUCAUAAUGUUUUUCAUGUAUCGAUGUUGCGGAAAUAUGAACGAGAUGCCUCCCAUGUUAUUGAGUGGCAAGAUCUUGAGCUGCAAGAAGACACUUCUUAUAUAGAGAAACCGGUUCAAAUUUUAGACUAUAAGGAGCAUGUCUUACGUACAAAAACUAUACUGUUAGUCAAAAUCUUAUGGUUACAUCAUGGAGCAGAUGAAGCAUCUUGGGAAUCAGAAGUAGAAAUUCGCGAGAAGUAUCCCCAUCUCUUUGAGGAAUAA